AUGGCUUCCCCAUUUCCCCUCCUCCGUCUUCCUCGAUUGGCCCUGUUUGAUGUACUCAAAUCGUUGAGUAUUGGUGAGAAAAUCAAACUCUCCAUCUGCUCCAAGAAAAUCUCUAAUCAAAUCAAUAAUGCUCGUUUGUACUCUCAAAAGGUUAUAGUCGAUCUGGACAUGUUAAACCACGGAAUCAGAGUUUGCUCUGAAAAUAACGAAGAUAAAUUUGACAUUUUCACUAAGCCAGGUUCCGCGAAAAGUCGUCACAAUUCAUCUACUAAACACUUGUCUAUCUCCUGUUGUAGAUUAAGAGGUACCGCUAUCCUCACAAAAAUCAGAUUUGUAUCUGUUAUUCAACAUCUAUUGAAGAUGUUUCAAUGCAAAUUUUCAAUCAGAAUUAGUGGUUAUUGUGGGAGUUCAUAUCAUCCUACUAUUUUUGAGCUGUUUGAUUUACAACUGGAAGUCAAGACGCUCAUUGUUAACCUUGAUGGAUCAAAAGAUGAAAACUUGUUGUGGAACCAGAUGUUCAGUAAAUUUGGAAUGGUCGAGGAUCUUUACAUCUUGACUAUUUUUGAUUCUGAUUCCAGCCCAGUUUGCACUUCAUGGCCACAGAAUAUUAAUAUCUUGAAUUCCGAUUGGUUCACUCUGGAGACGCUUUUGGCUUGUACUUGCACUUCAAUUACACUUAAGGAUUCUCGCCUGAAAAACAAGGAUUUGGAUGUGAUACUUAGAAAAUGGAAGACUGGAGGAUUUCCGAAUCUGAAAUAUUUGAAGAUCCAUGGUGAAAAUAUUGAAAGUAUUGCAACGACGAUUUUGGGAAUGACAUUGAGCGAGAUGAAUCUAUUGGAAUUAAACGGAAUGGUUAUCCAAACUGAUGACGGAUCAAAGAAGGCAACUAUUAGAAUUGGUUUCUGCUUGAACUUCCGCCGUAUUGAAAUGUCUGUGACUCCAUUUGAAUGA